AUGGUGGCCAUGAAGAAAAGCGUCGCCGCGAUGAAGUCCAAGAAGGUCAUAGUGAAGGGCCGCAAUUCGGAGAUCAGUCCAUUGACCGGAAAGCCCAAACGGGUUCGGCAAGACCGAGGACGCGAGGCAGCAAAGCUGGCGGCCAAGAUGAGCAAGGAGACCUGGCUGAAGUACCAAACGGAGGCCUACAAAAACGCCUGGCCCAAGCCCAGCUACAUGGCGGAGCCACGGGAAUCCGUCUACGUGCGCGACGGCGGUGAGGGUGCCUACCGGGAUCAGACUUUCGAGAUCGUGACCCGCUGGACCAGCCAGACGCGCAUCGCGUACCGGCCACACGCCAAGGCGCCGGGCUCGAAGUCGCACAUCCGCUACGAGAAGUAUGCCAAAGCCAAGACCGUUGGGGAGGCUCUGAAACUCGGCAGCUAUCCGAUCGACUGGUGCUUCGACUAUGAACACGGAUUUAUCAAGGUGCUAGGUGGUCCCAUUCGGGAUGAACCCAUCGAUAUCUCCAAAGUGGCGGAUCCCAAGAAGAUGGAUCCGGUGGACAAGAAGGUCUACGGCUGGUUCAGGAAAGAGUUGUGCAAACGCUGCGGCUUGAAGAAAGACGAACUGCUUAUGGAGGCUCCCACGACAUAA